GCCAGGCGGGGUGGGCUCUGUGUCGUGAGCUCCGCUGUAGCAACGUAGCGAGGGGCGCGCGGCACCAUGUCCCCGGGCAGCGGGGUGAAGAGCGAGUACAUGAAGCGCUACCGGGAGCCGCGCUGGGAUCAGUAUGCGUCCUGCUACCGCGAGCUGCUGCGCUACCGCCUGGGCCGCAGACUGCUGGAGCAGGCGCACGCGCCCUGGCUGUGGGACUCCUGGGGCCCUGACGGCGCCUCGGACGGCUCGGGCUCUCCGGCGCCAGACCCCUCGCCCCGGUGCGCACCUGCCUCGCCCGUAGAGGCCCCGGAGGCCGGGGAGGCCGGAGAGCGGGGCGCGGAGGCCCCAGAAGCUGCGGAGGCCCCGGAGGCCGCGGAGGCCGGGGGCGCGGAGACCCGGGACCAGCAGGACGCCGCGCUCCCAGAAGUACUCCCAGUGGAAGAUGUAGAAGAAAAACCCAAACAACACACCAAAAAGGAAGAGGCGGAGAGGCUACCCACCAGUGUGAAACCUCGACAGCAGCCCAGUGCCUUAUUUGCUAGAGGAAACAGGAAAGCAGUCAAAAGUCCCCAAAGGUCAUUGAGUAAAAUAAAAGAAAACAAGCACCCAUUUGCACUUUACGGCUGGGGAGAAAGGCAGACAGACACCGGGAGCCAGAAGACCCACAAUGUCUGUGCUUCUGCCUCUGUGCACGAGAUUCACGAGUCAGCAUUACGAGCCAAGAGCAGAAGACAGGUGGAGAAACGGAGACUGGCUGCACAGCGGCAGCGAGCCCACUCAGUGGAUGUGGAGAAGAACAGAAAGAUCAAGGCCCCCACAGGGGCCUCGGCAGACAACCCCUGGGUGACCGAGUACAUGCGGUGCUACUCGGCCAGAGCAUAGUGAAAAGGACAAGAACUAUUAAACCAGAGUGGACACAGGUUGAAGAAACCAACUGGUUAUGCAAGGCUUGGCUUAGGGAAUUUGCAAGAUUAUUUUAUUUUGAUGAAUAUCGGUCACCUACCUCAGCAGUAGGGCAGACAGUGGAAGCCAUAGACAUUUGGUUAUUUAUGAAGUUGAGUCCCUAAAUCUCUGAUAUUCUUGUAAGAGUUUAGUUUUAAAGCAUCUUAAUCUUUUAAUAUACAGACACCAAAUGCCUUUAACUGGCUACAGAUGCUUACCAUCCCACGUCCUCCAGACGGAAGGUGGAGCCCAUUAUCUCCCUGUUCCCAGUCCCUUUAGAUGCCAUGAGAGUCAUCUGCAUCCUGCAGUAUUAAGACUCACUUUUACUUACUUCAGUGGACUUUUCUUUGUGAAAAAGUAUCCAAGAAUUUGUAACGAAACUGAAACUUUGGUAGAUCCUGAGAAGUCGACUAGUCUUUUAGUUUCCAUCACUUUCAUGUAGAUUAUGAUAUUUAAACAUUACGUGGGCUGGGUGAGGGUCACUAUUCUCUUCAUAUUAUCAUCUAGGCACUUAAUAGUGUAAUAGUUGAGAUACAUUCCAGUAAGUGAGUGGCAGUGUAGUCUGUGUGUAGAGUAGUAAUGAAGCUUCUUUUGAGUCAGAGUGUCACAUUUUCUUAAUUGCAAGAUGUCCUUUUAGAACACGUAAGGGACAGUCUGGACUUUUGGCAUGCACCCACUGUGAACUUUUGCCUCUUUGUUAGUAGCUGGCUGUAACAAUGGGAACUAAAAGUCUAAAGCUGUAUGUCAUGCACUGAGAUUGUUUGGUCCAUGGGCCAGGGGUGUGGUAGGACACCCAUUAGGGAUUGCUCACCUCCAUCCCGCCUCCGGCUGGCUGUACUUUUUCUUCUACAGAACUCAACAAAGUCCCGAUGAUGUACAAUAUUCAUACUUUAGGUUGAAUACAUUGAUUCCUGGCUGGUAGAUCUUAGCUAUACCUUAUUGAGAGAGUGGUGCAGCAUGUAAAUAGUGCUUCUUGCCUUUAGUACAACUGCUUUUAGGGUAGAAAAAUGGUUUUAAGAAACACUGAUUCCUCAUCAAAGGGGAGUGUUCUCUGUCUUGCACAAGGGAAUCUCCUAGAAGAAUUUGUGCUAAGUUCUAUCAGAAAUACGCCAUUUCUGUGCCCACUUAGCAUCUGAAGAUGUGUGGAUAAGGUUGAGUUUUUUCUUGAUAUUUUUACUCUGGGUCUUUGAAGUAUGAUAAUUUUUAGAACACAAGUUGGUUUCAUUCCACGUAAAAUUGUCACACUGUCAUCCUGUAACUGUAUUGAGCUUUAAAAAUGCAUACUGAAGAAUUAUGAGGGUUUAAGAAAAAAAAACUUUAAGAUAUUUGUAUAUUUUUGCAUAGUCCCUUCACAUAGAAAAUUCUAAUCACUGAGAUGUAGAUUUAAUGAGGCAAUUCUAAAUGUUGUCCAACACAACCUUGCUCAUAAUUCUGGUGGAUUGUGGUGCUAAUUCUGGUAAGUCUACACACUGCAGGUACCUGAAGGUCACAUAUUUGUGGUAGUUGUGACAGUGAAGCUGUUUUGUGAAAACUCUGUGAAGCCUUCUCGCAGGUUGCUUUAUUAUCCAUACUGGGCGAGUCACCUCUAACAAUGUCUGAUGGGUUGGGAGUGGUGAAGCCGCCCAGCUCCCCCAGCCUGUGAACACUUGGGACUUUGUCGCUUGUUUAGAAAACAGGCUUGCAUUUGUGCUUACUCUGGAAAACUCCAAAGGGGAUGAGGUGGCUCUAGAAACAAUGUUGCACACCCCUCCCUUUUUUUAAAAUACAGAACAAAUGAACACAAAUUUUGAAGAAUUUUUUCAAAUAAAUCAGCAUGAAUUAGUUAUGAACCCCCCUUCUCUGCUCUUUAAGAUUUAUUUUCUUCCCUUUUAAAAAAAGAGUAGUAGCUAUCUUUUGAUAAUUAAAAUUAUCUAUAAAAUUUUUAAAGUUCUAAUAACUUUGUGGUCAUACUUUUUCUUAUUCUAAAAACUAAUGUGAUUUUAAUCAUGUUCCCAGUUCGUGGGACAAACUGCAGGACAGUGAGGUAGUUCAAAAUUACCUUUCCUGUUGGAGGAUAUCUAAAAGUGUUUGAGCAUUCAGUGAUAUUUUAAAAAGCUACAUGAAAAUGUUUUUAAAUUUUCAAGUUUUUAAUUAAAACAAUUUGCACUAAACAUACUUUUUUGUGUUACUUUUACCUGAAAAUUAGUAAUAGCAUAUAGAAGUAAUAAUGUCUAGCACUGUGUAGGACCUGAAUGAUUAAUACGAAGAUGUGAACCUGUUCUAAUUAUUGUUCAGGAGGUAUCUGAGUACCUUCUUGCUCUGUUUGCUCAUCCACCCCAUAAAAUUCCUGGGUACUGUUUUUUGUUGUUUGU